AUGCAUGCGCAGAAGCGGUCCUCAGGUUGCAGAAACCUCGGGAUCCGACUGGACCUCCAGAAUGGAUCCUGUCCACAACCGGAGGUAACACUGUAGUUCUAGUGUUAUGAGAGAGGCAGGGAAAAAACUUUUCUUUAUCCAUUUUCUCCAUGCCACUGAUGAUUUUAUAGACUUCUAUCAUGUUGCCUCCCUACUCAUCUUUUCUCUAAACUAAAAAGUCCCUGUUGUACGUUCUGUUCAGACAUUCAUCUGAACACAAAUGGAGGAAGAAUGGGAACACAUUCAAAUAAGCGUCCCUGUUUUCCAGGGCCAGUCCAGAUUUACAGAAGUCAUUCUGGUUUCUGAUUUGAAUGAUGGGAGAUUGCUGUCUGCAGUGACCUCAAAACAAAGCAUUACCAGCGACGCAUAUCCCCUGUGAGGCCUUUCGGUCGCAGGUAUUCAAAACCACCCUGAAGAAACUUGAGUAGAGGAUAAUGCAUCCGAGUCAACAAGAUGGGCUCAUGGGCUUAGCCGGGGGGGGCAGGGAGGGGCAGCUGACCCCCCUAAAUCAAUAAAAAUACAUAGCUAACUGAGGUUCUCCUCCCCCCCAAAAAAACCCAAAAGGCCCACCCACCCCCAACAAAAAUUCUGGCUACGCUCAUGGAUGGGCUGCAAGAUUUACUUCUGUCAAGCUCUUCAUCAGUUAUAAUGCUCUGAUUUAUAGGUGCUUUCCAAGAACAUUCAAUAGCUCCAAGGGAACUUCAGGCCUCAGCAAGCCUGUCCUCAGAGUUAGGAGUCAGGCUGAUGAACCAACAGAACAAUAACGUUCCAUCUAACCACAACAGAGCCCAGAACAUGGUUGCCUGGGAGAGUCAGAUAGGAAAGGAAGGAUGUACCCAGAGUGAUUCUAGGGGGACAGAAAGAGAGUGUUUCGGAGCUACAUUCAUAUAUAUCGCAUCAAUAAUUCACUUGUCACUUCAGCCCACUGGCAAGCCAAGUAACUUUCACAAUGACAACUUUCAAUAUUCUGUGUAUUUUGGUUGCGCAGGGCUCAUCUCUUUGUUUCUGCUUUUUUAUUUUAUUUAUAUGAAUCAUUGAUCACCUGCUUAAUAUCUUUCCAUAUUAUAAGAAGAGAUCAUCAAUAAAUUAGAGUCCCGUUCGGAAGGGAAGGAGGAAAUCUAGAAUUUCAGGGCUGUGGCACAAUACUCCCCGCACCCUAAAAUGAAAAAGAAAAAGACCGGGCUCUUUUCCUCUCCCUUUAGUGAGUCAUGCGGCAUCUAUGUGGUGUUUCCCCCCCUCUCUCUUUUGUGUGUGUGUUCGAUUCCAUUAUCUCUUCUAACCUCUCUGCCCUGGCCUUCUGACUGCCUGACACCUCCACCACAUGGGGUUAGGCUACCUUGGGGCUUCCCCUUUGAGCGCUCUUUUGUAAACGCUCCUUUCAGAAGUCAAACAAGGCGUCGCAAUUAUGAAGCAAUCCAGGAACCUCUGUGCCCCUCCUCCUUUCUUCCUCCAUUUUAACUUCUUGAGUAAGGUCUUGUGCAUGUGCAGCUUUGCAGGAGAUAAAUUAUAGGGGUUAAAGUGACCUGUGAUUAUCUGAAUUGAAUCUGACAUGGAUAUACUGGAGUCUAAACAUUGCAUUGGCCCUUGGCAGGCUGUUAAGCCCCAGCAAUUCAACCGGCUGAUAUUUCUUGCCCUCGCCCUCGAUCGGAUGAGCCAAAAUGCUCAUAUUCUAAUCCUCUGAGGAGAUGGAAGCUUUAACUGAUAAUUUUGUCUGUUUAAAAAAAAAAGGCCAGCCAUUCUUUCAAAUCAACUGAUAACCUUAGGCAGCAAUGACCUCACGCAAUUAGUGCUUUACCUUGCACAACUGGCCUAUGUAUAAACUGGCGUGAGCACUCUGGGAGUUAAGUCAGAGGCAGAUGAACAGCCAAAUAUGUGGAGGGGGAGAGAGACUGCAUUUAUCCUAGGCAUCUUGUUAAAACAAACAAGAACAGCAGACUUUCUUUUUUUAAAAAAAAAAAAAAAGGAGAAAGAAACAGUUCAGUACAACAGACCAUCUAAUAAUUUUGCCUCAAGGGACAAGGAGUGUUGAAAAGGAAUGGACUGGAUAGGUUUCGACUUAGUUUUUAACAAUUAAUGCCAAAUUGUACAAGCUUAUUCUUUUAAAUGAAGGCAUUCUGUAUUUUGAUUCAAUAGAGAGAGAGAGAGAGAGAGAGAGAGAGAGAGAGAGAGAGAGAUUUGAAAGCACAUGGGAGAUUGUGAGUACUGUUUAAAAUAAAAUAGAUGUGUAUCUAUUUUGAAUUCAUCUUGUGAAUAAAAAAAGAUAGCAAGAAAAUGGGAAGAGGCAAGCUUAAGUGCUUCCUCCUUCCCCUGGUGUUUCCCCAUUUUAAAUGGCACUGGAACUCAGUAAAAGACAUUAGCAUAAAAUGUGUAGUUAGAUCCUGAGAAUGACAAGACCACAAUUAAUAUACAGUCGUCCCUUGGAUCCCGAACACCUUGCGACUUGAACGGCUUUUUGAACUUUGCUUUUGGAUAAGAACAGAAAUCCUGCUCCCGCGGUGCAGCAGCAGCAGGAGGCCCCAUUAGCUAAAGUGGUGCUUCAGGUUAAGAACAGUUUCAGGUUAAGUACAGACCUCCGGAACGAAUUAAGUACUUAACCCGAGCACUGUGGGUUAAACCACAGAGCCUAGGACUUGCCGAUCAGAAGGUCGGUGGUUCGAAUCCCCGUGACGGGGUGAGCUCCCGUUGCUCGGUCCCUGCUCCUGCCAACCUAGCAGUUCGAAAGCACGUCCAAGUGCAAGUAGAUAAAUAGGGAACGCUCUGGCGGGAAGGUAAACGGAGUUUCCGUGCACUUCUCUGGUUCGCCAGAAGCGGCUUAGUCAUGCUGGCCACAUGACAUGGAAGCUGUCUGCGGACAAACGCUGGCUCCCUUGGCCUAUAGAGCGAGAUGAGCACACAACCCCAGAGUCGGUCACGACUGGACCUAAUGGUCAGGGGUACCUUUACCUUUACUUUACCACUGUACAGGAUAAAAAGAAGCAAAGAAUUAAAACCAACAACACAGCAAAAGAAUCACACACACACGCCUCUUUCCACAGGCACAUUUAAAAGGCUGCAGAAUAUUAAUCAUCCCAAGGCCUGGUUGAAGAGGAACAUUUUUGUCUGGCGCCUAAAAAUAGAUAAUGAAGGCACCAGGCAAACCUCCCUGGGGAGAGCAUUCCACAAACCAGGGCCACUGCAGGAAAGACCCCGUUCUCGUGUUGCCACCAUCUGGACCUCUUGUGGAAGAGGCAUGAAAAGAAGGGCCUCAGACGAUGAACACAGAGUCCGGGUCAGUCUAUAAGGGGAGAGGCAGGCCUUGAGGUAUUGUGGUCCUGAGCUGUUGGUGUAAAUUUUGCUGAUUUCCUUUACUUAGGAUUGUUCUAUAAAUUUGCAUCCAACCAACUCACUGUUUGUUUCUAAAAAAAAAUAUUUCUCUUCAGCCAACUUUUUCCUGGCAUACUGUCUGCAUUAACAAGCAAAGUCCCCCCCCCCCCCCAUCAUCUCAUCUCAAUGCCAGGAAGUGCUUCUCUUGUCAAAUGCUUGUUCUCCAAGAGCUGUUUAAGGUACUGCAGUCAUUCCAGUAAAACAAAAGGAAGCAUCGGCAACCGUCCUUGAACCUUAGAGAGGCACACCAGCUUUCGAGAGCAUGUUGUCUUGUUCAUCCCCUGGUUGCUGCUUCUUAACUCCGCACAGUAGCAAAGUCACUCUGCAGCUCUUGACAGAUCAAAUUCCUUUAUCAGUUGAUGAAACUGUCCCAUGUUAAGGCCAUCACAGGGGAUAACCCUAUAUCUCACGUCUCUGAGUUGUCAGGCCGAAGAAUUUCUGCGCUGAAAGGUGCCACUGAGGGAGCCUGGAGAAAUCAGACGUUAUCUUCUCAGAGCUGGAAAGAUGAAAGAAAGAAGCUGGUCGCUUCGGUUAUGGAAUGGGUGAACUGGAUAUCAUCAUUAGUGCUUCAUCGUUCUAGUCCACUUUCCUUGCCCUAAGACAGAAUAAACUGAAGCACCCUGUUAAUAGCAUCUGUACUCAGCCGUAAAUUGAUCUCAUUAUGCUAUUGUACGGCGGGAAAUAUAAUGCAAGCUAAAUUAGUGCAACAGUUAUCAGACUUAUCUCUUGUUGGAAUGGUGGCUUCAAGCAUCGUCCACCCUCCCCCUUCAUUGCUUCUUUUUACCACAUGUCAUAGACUAGAAUCACAGAAUUGUGGCGCUGGAAGGGACCACGAGGGUCAUCUAGUCCAACCCAAUGCAAUGCAGGAAUCUUUUGCCCAACCUGGGACUCGAACCCAUGAGCUGGAGAUUAAGAGUCUCAUGCUCUACCGAAUGAGCUAUCUCCAUUUUUUACCUGUAUGUCAACAGAGUGGCCUUUGCCAACCUGGUGCCCUCCAGAUUUUUUGGACUACAAUCCCCAUCAGAUCCAUCCAACACAAUUGGGCUCGCUGCAAGUUGUGGUUCAAUACACCUGGAGGGCACCAUGUCAGCAAAAGAAUAUUCUUCCAUUUAUUAUUUAUUAUUUCUGAUAUUUAUAUACCACUUUUAUAUUCCAAGGAUCUCAAGGUGGUGAACAUGGUUCUUCUCCUCCCCAUUUCAUGCUCACAACAACCUACCGGUGAAGUAGCUUAGGUUAAGAGAUGGUGACUGGCCCAAGGUCACCCGGUGAGCUUCGUUCCUGAGUGGAGACUCAAACCCAGGUCAUUGUCUCAGACCCUCCAAGUGUCCCUAUUUUCCAGGGACAUCCCUGAUUGAGAGAAGCCGUCCCAGUUUCUGAUUUGAUCUCAGAAUGUCCCGCUUUUCCUUUGAUCUCAGAAUGUCCCUAUUUUCAUAGAAGAAAUGUUGGUGGGUAUGGAGUUAUCCAACCCCUGAGCCAUCUGAAGGCAAUCCUAUAUAGUGGUACCUCGGGUUACAUACGCUUCAGGUUACAGACGCUUCAGGUUACAGACUCCACUAACCCAGAAAUAGUACCUCGGGUUAAGAACUUUGCUUCAGGAUGAGAACAGAAAUCGCACGACGACGGCACAGCAGCAGCAGGAGGCCCCAUUAGCUAAAGUGGUACCUCAGGUUAAGAACAGUUUCAGGUUAAGAACGGACCUCCAGAACGAAUUAAGUUCUAAACCAGAGGUACUGUAUAGGGAGGGUGGUUUUUUAAAAAAUAUUCAAUGUUUUACUAUCUUUUUAAGAUAUGUUGGAAGCUGCCCUGAGUGCUGGGGCAGCCCAAUAAGAUGUGUGGGGUAUAAAUAAUAACAUUGUCAUUAUGGAAUGGGGCGUCCCCACUUCUCCAGCAGACACUACAAGCUGCCCAAGGAAGGAAGCCGGCUACGGCAGCCAUGGAGAGGCAACAGGAUGCUCCUCACAGCCACCACUGCUGCCACCAUCACUCAGAACAAGUGCCAGCACAUCCUCCUCCCCGAGCUCAGCGGUGGUGGCACCGGCAGAGGAAACAGGGACAUUCUGGGAUCGAAUCAGAAGCUGGGAUGGCUUUUGUAAUUCCAAGACUGUCCCUGGGAAAUAGGGAGACUUGGUGGGGAUGUGUCUUGUGCUCAUGUCUGGCUCACAGGCUUCCCAUGGGCACCUGGUUGACCACUGUGAGGACAGGAUGUUGGACAAGGUGGGCCAUUGGCCUGAUCCAUCAGACACUUCUUAUGUUCUUUGGUUUGUUCCAUGGCGCUGUGAAUGGGCCAAAGGCAGGUGAGAGAGUUCAGCUUCUGAUUUCAAAACCAUAGGCUCUGAGCUGUGUUUAGAUGCGAGAUCACCUAGAAGCCCAUACAUAUAUCAGCAGCUGGAAAAAGACCGGUGUAUAAAUAUCAAUCAGUUAAUUCAUUCAGUCCCCCAACUAUUGCAUUUUUUUAUUUAAAAAAAAACCCACAUAGCCGUGUAUUGUCUUAGCAUCUAUAUCACGCAUACACACACACGCCACAUUUUUGCAUUCAGGUUUGCUUUAAACCUAGAGAAGUCUAUCAUUUGUCAAGAAUCUGUCAUGUCCUCGUCUUUAAUAAAAUUGUUAACAUUGAUUUGAACAACCGAAAAUUGUCACCUCGGUUAAUGGAAGAGAGGAGGGAAAGUGUCCAAGAAUUCAUUUGCUGGAGAUUAAAAUAUGAAGGAAAAGAAAACCAAGGCAGCUUUUGAUUUGUGCUAUCCCCCCGCCUGCCCCCCACUCCUCUAAGUGCAUGGAGUGGGACUGUUUAGAAGCAUGAAUGAAUGCCUGUGGGGAUAAGAGGAAAAAAUACGCAGAAGAUGGUAUGCUUGACACUUUAUGAUUCUUCUAAGUGAAAUACUGGAAUGUGUUAGAAAAUGUCAGCUUGAAUUAGAAUGCAAGCUGUGCACAGAUUGGGUGGGAAAAAUAGGUGUCUAGGCCUGUCUAGGACAGCAAAAUAUAUACCUACACAAGUAUUGUGGCGCAGACAGACUUGGAAGUGGACUUAUCUACCUGAUUACUUAAUAUGGAUAUUAUUCAGAGGAGGAAAGAGAGUCCUCCCUCUCCACCCCGAUUUUCCUCGUCUCAGAAUAUGUGUAGGGACCAUGAGACACUCAUAAGCAGGGCAUGGCUGUCAAUAUUUUUUUUUAGUUGGCCUGACACUUUUAACAGUAGCCGGAUGAAGCUCCUUGCAUCACUUUAUCUGCAAGCCAGGAAAAACUUCAGCCACCUUUGUGUGUGUGUGUGUGUGUGUGUGUGUGUGUGUGUGUUCAGGCUGCAGCUGGAGGCAGAUUAGCAGGGCCGAUAAACAAGCAGGCACCCCCGAAAACAGGGUGUGGGAAAUGCCUUGCAAGGCCCAGCUGUAUUACUGUGGGUCAUUGCUUCACUCCUUUGCAUAGGUGUCAGACAAGGCGAAAGGAAAACAACAGCCUUGAGACUGCAGAAGCGGUUUGUGCAAGACUGCUGCUAUCAUUUCUGGCAUCUGAGGAGUAUUCCUCAAAGUCCUCGCUGAGAACAAUUCCUGUCCCCCUCAUGUGAGAGAUGCAAGUGGGUAAGGCGAUACUUUUUAUUGUGCCACCCUCUGUCUCCCUGGUGGCAGAGCCAUUAAUCACGUGCCGCUUCCCUCCUUGCAGCCGGGUGGCCUUUAUAAACCACAAUUGUCCUUCUUGCAGGAAGCCUUAAAUCAUCUAAGUCGACUGACAUCCAGGCAAAGCACCUCAGUGCUGGAUACCUAACCCAUGACCAAAGCCCCGCUUAGUCCUGCAAUGCCUUUGUCCUGUUAUAACUUAUUAAUUGGUUCCAGCCAGAUCCUUCAGCUUUCUAAUGGGCCAUAGCUGCCAUCUCGUGCCUUCAGAGAGCUCCAGAAUAAAUCCUUCCUUUUCCAAGUUCCUUUAUGGUGUUCAGUUCACUUUGUGGGAAUAAAACACGCACAGCAAUAUACACACAUCUGUGACACAACUGUGAGGAAAGUUGAGUCCUGAAUUCUAACGAGAGGUGUACAGUUUGAUGGGUUCAUUCAAACCAACAGCCUUCACCAUUGCAGUUCUAGUCUCUGUCCAUUCCGCCUGCCCAGAAGGUGCCUUUUUCCUCCUACUCUCCUUCCAAGGCAACCCUUUCCCCCAGCUUCCUUGGAAAACCCCACUCUUGGAGGUCUCUUUAAGCCUACCAGGAAAGCCAUGCCCAGGUGUGGGACAUGUUAAGGCACGACUGGACCAAAAAGAGGAUUGCAGACCCCCGACCAGGCCUGAUGAACAGGGCUUUGCAAGCUCUGGCAAUCAAUGUCAGGUUUGCAAGACCCCUUAAAAUUGUCAAUCAAAAACUUCACUCUUGUGGUUUAUCCCCACAACAGCUACUCACCGUGGGUUAUAGUAAAGGAAACAGUCUAAUUUGCCAACACCUAAAUGAUAUCAAGCAUCAAAACAACAUGGCCACAAUAAGGAAAUUUUGCCCAUUUUCCACCCUCCCACUUUAAUUCUCUGGCACCCUAUCUGUAUAAUCUAGCAAUUCCAAACUAUAGUGGUACCUCUAGUUACGAACUUAAUUCAUUCCGGAGGUCCGUUCUUAACCUGAAACUGUUCUCAACUAGAGGCGUGCUUUCGCUAAUGGGGCCUCUUGCUGCCGCUGAGCCGCCGGCACAUGAUUUCCGUUCUCAUCCUGGGGCAAAGUUCUCAACUCAAGGUAACUCUUCCAGGUUAGCUGAGUUUGUAACCUGAAGCGUUUUUAACCUGAGGCAUUUGUAACUCAAGGUACCACUGUAUAGAUGUGCCUUUACCCUCACAAGACUGAAUGUACUGCCCUCGGCUGUACUUGAGGGACAAUUCCAACAGAUUCCACACAAAAAAUGUUUAUGUCCCUGCGGAGAUGGCAACACCGAAUCAGUGGUGCAUGUCCUCCUGGUCUGCACUCUUUACAAAGACCUGAGGAAUGAGAUUAUCACCCCUCUUUUAUUGUCUAUUCCGGGUAGCCCAACCACUGCCACUGUGUCUUUUUUCCUGGCAGAUCAAGAGGAGAAGAUGACUGCAAAGGUUGCAAGGUUUCUAGCUGGGGCAAUUAGAAUAAGGUCCACUAUUUGAUUGCUGAUUCAGGACCCUAAGCUGUGUUUUAUAUAAUCGACUUUUUAUUUUCUUCUGUGUACAUCGCAAUGUUCUUUUGUUGCUAUGGCCGAUGGCUGCCGCAAAUAAAGUUUCAUUCAUUCAUUCAUUUGCAAGACUCCUUCCUUUGUCUGAGGAGAUUGGUUUCAAACCACACAGCCAAAAGUGGGUGACCUGAUUGGCAGCCCUGCCCACCUAUCAAUCUUGGCCCAUGAAAUAGGAGAGAUAAAGAUCCAGGCAGUUCGAGGAUGUUGUCGCCUGCACAGUAACAAACAGCAUCCUCAAGUUUCAGCCACUUGCAAUUUACACUUUUCUUCCUGUAAACAAAAAACAAAAACAAGAAGCGCACAGGGCAUAAAACAUUCAAAGGCAUUUAUUGAUUUUUGCCAUGAGGUUUUUCAAAGUUUCUGACAGUUUGCGUUAAGUUUUCUAACGCUUUGAGUUUAAAGCACAGGGUGUUUUGUUUUGAAUUGAAAUAAAAGAAAUGGCUUUUUAGAAGAACAGAAAUGGUUAUUGCAGAGGAGGAGAGUGCUUACCCACAAGCAAGAAGGUACAAACUACUGCUCCAUUAUGACUAGUGGGAUUGAAUGGAGGUGCAAGGCUAGCAUGAAAAACUUUGUCCCCUGAUCUUCUUAAGUCCACAGAUGAUGGGAGAACAUUCCACCUCUGCCUCCUUAUCUAGCUGACAAUCAUUAGAACUGAAGGGAAGUUUCUUUAAAUCUGCUGAGACUUCAGCAGAAUACAUUUCAUUUUCACAGAGCACAACCACUUCUCAGUUCCUACAGUACUAAGGUACUUUCCCCGCAAAACAUGUUGAAUUUCCUCAAAGCAAAACUACUUCUCAUUUCUUAUAUUGCUAGGGUACUUUUCCCGCAGAAUAAUUUCCCAGAGCAAAACCACUUCUCAAUUCCUACAGUACUAAGGUACUUUUCCCACAAAACAUAUUUGAUUACCACAGAGCAAAACUGCUUCUUGUUUCUUAUAGUUGCUAGGGUAUCUUUUCCAAAGAAUGCUUUUCCCAGAGCAAAACCACUUCUCAAUUCCUACAGUACUAUUUUCCCCUCCACUGAGCGCUGUAUCACAUGGAGGCUUUUCUGAAACUUGUGCUAAUUGCUAGAGAGCUACCCUACUUGCUAAUCUAGCCAAACUGGUUCUUUCCAGUAGAAAAAUGCAAAAGCAAAACAGUAAUUAAAAGUGUCCAGAUAAUGUCACAUUAGUUUUGCUUUGAGCAUUAUACCUCUGUGGGGUUGUUUUUUUCCUUGUUGAAAACAAGGAGUCUCCAUUUCCAACAACUUCGCUUAUAGCAUCUAACCUAUCUGAAAAUGAUUCAUUCUGAAACAGGGAAAUGGCCCCAUGUGCGUUUCUUUUGAUGUUUAAAGUGUAUUGUAAAUUUGACAGCAUUGCACAUAUUUCUUUUUACCAACCAGUAUUUACUGGCAUUUGCCCUGAUAGUUUUAUUGACCUUAUUGUAAUUUGGUAGGCUGUUAUUUCAUCUUGCAGUGUUCUUUUGAAAGUGUGGCCUAUGAAUAUUUCGGCAGAUAGUAAAAUAAAACAAUAAAGGUAAAGGGACCCCUGACCAUUAGGUCCAGUCGUGACCGACUCUGGGGUUGCGGUGCUCAUCUUGCUUUAUUGGCCAAGGGAGCCAGCGUACAGCUUCCGGGUCAUGUGGCCAUCAUGACUAAGCCGCUUCUGGUGAACCAGAGCAGCGCACGGAAACACCGUUUACCUUCCCACCGGAGUGGUACCUAUUUAUCUACUUGCCCUUUGAUGUGCUUUCAAACUGCUAGGUUGGCAGGAGCAGGGACUGAGCAACGGGAGCUCACCCUGUCAUGGGGAUUCAAACCGCCGACCUUCUGAUUGGCAAGUCCUAGGCUCUAUGGUUUAACCCACAGCGCCACCCGCGUCCCAUGCUUGCUCACAAUCUCUCACUCUGAGAAAGGACGCCAUACUGAGAGUGAGGAAUGUAACGCCCAUGACGCUGCCACUUGGACAGCAGUAUAUGCCCAGGUGCCCCCUGACUAUGAUUUUUUAAAAAGAUAUAAGAAGAAUGAAGGAUGUUCCAUUGUGAGCCCUGACACGUAUGCCAAUCCUGGUGCUCACUUGGGCCUGUUUGACUCUAUGCCUCAGCUGUUUCCUACUCUCUGUGUGGUCAUUUGAAAGACUGCUAGGUCCACAGUUCAGCACUAGCACUGUUUUCAGAGUGCUAGAUAAUUUUUUGCAGGAAAAUAUAACAGCCACCUUGUCAUGACAAGAAUAAGGCAGAAAAAACAGAAACUCCUUUUGCAAGGGAAGAACACUUUUUAAGAUACUGGAGGAUGGAAUUUAGCAAAACUUUAAGAGGUAUAAAUAUUCAAAACGUGCCUGAUUUCAAAUUUUUGUCGCUGAAAAUUGCAAGCAUAUCGUGAGAACACCACAGGCAUAUAAGACCUUCCAAGGCUGCAAAGUGGAACGGCUGAAUUUAAGCCACCUUUUAAAUUUUAUGUUUUGUCUCUGUGUUGAAGGAACAUGGCAUAAACAUCAUGUUUCUACCAGAUGCAAUGGAGAAAUGGAUAAAAAUGCUUGUGUUAGUACAUUUUUGGCAUACAGGCCCCUUGCUGCUUUAUCCUAAAAAUAUUUACACUAAGGGGGGAUUGACUAAAUAAAAUAACCUACUGCUGUAAAGCAGGAUGACAACAUGGGGAGAAAGGGGAGAGGCAUUUAAGUUGAAAGAACAGACAGUGCGUUGGUAUAAAUGUAGUCACGUAAUAACACAAACUGAACUGGCUGGCGUUCUGUAGAAGCACGCUUGGAUUUUAUUGUUAACGUGGCGCACUGUUACAAAAAAAAAUCCCAUUGCUGGUGCCUACCUGACAAAUGCCCAACACACUAAGAGCCCCACAGGUUCUAGUCUCAUCUGUGCUCACUUUUUGAUUUCUACCAAAGUUGCCGUGCAGAUCCACACCAAUCGUUUAAAGCACAUGACUUCCCCCAAAGAACCCUGGGAACUCAUAGAGCAACUGUUCCCAGCAUCUUCAACAAACCCCAGUUCCCAGGAUUCUUUGUGGGAAGUCAUAGAAUUGUAAAGUUGUAAAGGGUCAUCUAGUUCCAAACCGUGCAAUGCAGGAAUAAAUGUGUUUUCAUGGCGUAGAUCUGUCCAGGGUGAAUCAAGAUUAAACUUUAUUUGAACUUUAAGCCUAGUUUUAAAGCACCUUCAGUGCAUUCAGCCCAAAGGAAUCUUUCUUUUCCAGGUUAAAGCUCUAGAGCUAAAACAAAAAGUCUCUACACAUUUCCAGAAGAAAUCUUGGCUGCGCACAGGGCUGAUUCGGCUGCCAUUUCAUGAUGUUGCAAAUAAAACUCCUCACUGCUCUUCAGUGCAGUUUUAUACAGUGGUGCCUUGGUUUUUGAACUGAAUCCGUUCUGGGAGUUCGUUUGACUCCCAAAAACAUUCAAAAACCAAGGCAUGGCUUAUGAUUGGCUGCAGGAGCUUCCUGCACUUAGGUGAUGUUGUGGCGCAUUCUAGUGAAGCGACUGGCGACCUGACUGAGCGAUGGACAGCGCCAGACAGAUGAUGAUGACAGGUGGGCGUCCUGCUGCCGCCCCCCCCCCAACAUAAAUCCUGGCUACGCCCAUGUUGAGGUAAAGAUCGGAUUUUCCCUAGGGAAAGCGGUGGGACAAGUGAAAGUCUGGAUGAACCCUACAUGGAAACAAAGCAGUGUGUGUGUGUGUAAUAAUUUGGCAAGCAGUCUGUAGCCUUCUGUUAGGAGAUAAGAGAUUCUUACUGUUGCUUCUUCAGAUUUCUUAUCAGGUAGCUGUAGUGCAGUAAAAAUUCUCCGUACGCUUUGCAGGAUGAUCCAAUCUGAUCUAUAUCUCAAUCUCUAUCUAGAUCUCUGCAAAAUGUUAAGACUUGAAAGCUGUUUGGGAAACAUAUCCCAAUCAAUCUUUUUAAAGUGCAGAUUUCUUUUGAUGCACAAGGGGAGAAAGAAGAAUAUAAAUACCCACGGUUGUACAACAUGCAGAGAUAUUUAUUAUAAGAUGCCCAAUAUAUAGAAGUUUUGAGCUACUUGUUCUUCCUCAGGGAAAUACUAAAAAUAAAAUGCCAUCUUUAUUCACAAUCUGCUUAAGUAGAAAAUAUGCAAGCUAAAAAAUCACUGCUGGAAAGAUAGCCAAAUUUCAGCCUAUACAACCAAAUAUUUAGGAAACCAUCUAACAAGCAUUAUAAACAGCAGGAGAUAUUGGCACUUACAAAUUCUGUUCACAGAGAACUCCACAAAUUAAGAAAGGUUUGAACGCAAGUUCAUAAUAACCCUUCACAAUAGAAUAUGUUUCACAAGUCAUGUCCCAUGUGAUUGUCGGAGUCUUCUAUCCCAAAAGAAGAAAGCUGAGGGUUUGGGUGGUGAAAAGGCAGGAGAGUGUUUCAAGAAAAGAAGGAAACUGAUGGAGUCUGAGAGGAGGUUGUGACUACCGAAAAGCCUUUGUUUCUCAUACUCAGCUACCAUACACCUGUCACCAGAGACAUAGAGAGAAGGGCCUCAGAAGUAGCUCCUGAUUUAGCAUUUUAAAAGUCAAAGCCAGAACCUUGAACUGAGCCCAGAAACAAGUUGGCAAAUGAUGAAGGUGACUGUCAUUAUCACCCUUAAUUUUUAUUUAAAAAAAAAACAUGAUGGUGUGAAAUGCGAUAAAAACAACACAGAAAGUCAGCAGCAGGACAUUGUAUAUUUAGCUCAGUCUGCAAUCCCAAAGACCUCAUGGAACAGCAGGUUUUUCACCAGUCUUCUAAAAGUCCUCCAAGAACUUGAGCCUUCCCAGGAGGUCUAUUAGAAAGGCACCACCACAAAGAGAAAUUUGGGGCAGGGAGGAAGAGAAUAUAACUGGGGUUCAGACACUACUGAAGACUUUAGGUCAGCACUAGUGAAACUGAAUGCUCCCUGCAGCUUCCUCCAGUAAAACACAACAUUGCCAGCCAAAGUGUUUGAACAGCUCUCAAGGGUAGUCCUGCACAGGGCCGGAUUUAGGUUUGAUGAGGCCCUAAGCUAGUGAAGACAAUGGGGCCCUUUAUAUGUCCAGCUGUCCUUUGUCAACAACAAAUUGUCACUGUUUUUUAUGUUGAAUAUAUGCUAUAUGGUAAUUUAUGGACCUAAUAGGUAUCUAAAGCCAUUUUGUUUUUUUUAUCUUAUAUUUUGGAAAUGUACAUCCAGGGUUUUUUUCCCCUUUAAAUUUUUUGGGGAGGCCCAAGAGAGCAGGGCCCUAAGCUAUAGCUUGUUUAGCUUAUACAUAAAUCCGGCACUGGCCCAACACAAGGCACAUUGUUGUAAUCAAGCUCAGAGGCUCUUAGGGCUUGAAUGACAAGAGGCUAGAUCCCUAGGUCAGGAACCACUAGAGUUACUAAUGUCUUUCCUAGGUCCAAAGUUAAACUAGCAAUAUCCAGUUCAUGAGAAAUAGUUUUAAGUCUUCCCCUCUGUGCUUACAGGAGUGUACUCAGUUUCAUAUGCUGUGCUUUGGGUCAGAGACAACCAAGAACCCCAGUCACACCAGCCCCCGCAGCUUUGGUUUGUUAGUCCAUCUCACACGGUGCGCGUUGCUUAUGCUAGCUUGUGCCUUGGACUGAAGCAAUAAAAAUGUCAUUGGUGUAUGUUGGAAAACAAAGAGAAUCCCAGAUGGAUGCACUGUUUGACUUUAUUAGUGCAGACCUCUCGAUUCAUUGUUCGCCAGUCAUAUGUCAUUUGGCUAAGGAGAUAUGUCUCUAUUUAAGUUAUGGUUCUCGGUCUUCUUUAGUACACGUUCCAUGGCUAGGCCCCAAAUCGAUAAGCCUUUCCACCAAAAAACACUACAGCAUAGAAAGAAAGGUUCAAGAGCUAUAGCAACCAGGCAGUCAGGGUCUCACUGGGGGGAGGGGGAAAAUCAUUUAUAUUGAGGCAACACCAUGUUUCCCUUAAUUUUCUUUUUAACAUACCAGGUUGCACAUCUUCUGCACAAUCUGUGAGCUGCUUGUUCCUUCCUUUAAUAGAUUCUUGCUCCUUUCAGGGUAGAUCACAACUGUGCAUUAUCAUUUUAUUUUCCACUUAGAGCCUAUUGAUUCAGCCCAGGCUCAUGCUAGAGAAACAAGCUUCAUAAUGAGGUAGUAAAUUCUGCUUUUGUUCUCAUUUGAUAAUUAAUAGUGCCAUGUCAGCAGCAGUUUAAAAUGCAAGUACAUCUUUCCCUUCAAGUUAUAAAACAUGGGUUGUAAGUCAGCCAGCUUUAUGCUGGGUAUGUUUUCUGAAAGGUGAAUAGCUUCUGCAGAGUGCUGGUUGCAGUGACUUGAGAAUACUUGGCUUGGGAAUAUGGGGAGACUGUGGGGUAGCCCAGUUGGCAGAGCAUGAGACUCUUAAUCUUAAGGUUGCGAGUUCAAGCCCCACAUUGGGCAAAAGGAUUCCUGCAUUGGUUGGACGAGAUGACCCUCGCGGUCUCUUCGAACUAUGAUUCUACAAAGUCAGUGUAGCUGAGGGCUGCCCCCAAAGACUGGCUGUGGUUAUCCAGGUCUUUCUUUCUCAACCCUACCCGGAGAUGCCAUUGAACUAAUGACCUCUACAUGCAAAGUAUGUGGUUUACCACUGAAUUACAGUCCUGUUGAGUUUCUCAGUCCAGAGUCCAAACAAUAUUGUAGCCAUCUUAUCAGUGGGCUCAGAUUCUCAUUAUUCUAGCCAAUAAUCAUGUCAUGUCCGCAAAUGCAUGAUUUAAGCCACAUUCCCUGAUACAGUUCAACCAGCUCCAUGCUGAAAACUUUCACAUCUCUAAGCAUGUUUUGCUGAAUGAAAGGAUUGUGUGAUCUUUGAAAUCACACAGGAUGUACAUGAAAAUACAAGGGACUUGAACAUACUGCAAGGCCCAUGUAGUCUAGUGAACAGCCAUACCCUGAGGCAUUGGGAGAUCAGGAUUCAAAUUCCAUUUCAAUCAUAGACUUAAUGAGUUUUAAACAGUGCAGUGUGUAGCAGAAGCUAAAAUAUGCAGGAUAUGCAAAUGCUACAGAGGCAAACAAGUGCCUAAGUGGACGGUGAAAAUACAUAUAAAUGGAAUUAUAGGUAUUAGCAUGGAAUUAGCAUAGGCUGAUUCCACCCAAAUCAAACUCUCUGUGUGAUGAUUGCCAGAGAUUUAUAUGAUGCUGGAUAGCUUCGGUGUGUCUGAGGUAUCAUAAUGAAAUGAAAAUGUUCAUUUAUCUCCAAAAAGCAAUCAGCUGAAUUCAUGUGGGUGCUUCCAUUCUGUGCUUGGGAUUCAAAGAAAAUGAGACAUCACCAAUUUCCUCAAGUAUGAACUUACUUAAGUUCUGUUUGGACUGAGCCUUCAGCGGUGGCUGAAAUUAGGACUAAGUCUGCGUUAGAUACAUUCUACUCCAUAAGUGUUUAGUGGGACAAAUCUGGACACCAUUCAUUAACAGGGGAAAGUAUUAAGCAUCAAUCAAGCAGAAGAUACUGCCCACCACAUUUUCUUCAAGUACCAUUGUCUGCUCCUUUGUGGCUAGAAACCAGCCAACCUAGAGGCAAGGGUCAAUGGGACCAACUUCUGAAUAGGCUGCAAUAACAAAUCUAAAGAUUUCUAGAAUGGUUGCUACAAAAUUCUAAUAAUAUUCUCAUUAUUCCCAAGAAUGAGAAGAUAAUCAUUGGUGAAUCAAUACAGGAUGAAGUGGUUGAACUUGGAGUCAAGAUUCUUUGUCAAGCUGCACAACAGAGAAGUCAAGGAUUCCUUGAGAUCUACUUGUAUGACUAUCGCACACAAGUGGACUGGCAGCUGAGAGCACUGGUAAACGCCAGCUAUGAAAACGUCUACCAACAGAAAGAGCAGCAUAUCUCCAAAGUGUAA